GCAACCAAUGGCGGGCAAUGGCAACUGAGGUACAAACGCGAGCGCGCCCCCACCCGCUGCGAGCGUGCGCAUGCGCUCUUGCGCUGUCUGCCGUCUUUCCCGCUUUUUUUCUGGCUAACGGGGUAGCGGAAGGACCGCGCUCAGUAGCAGGCAGGCAAGGCCAGGGAGGGCUGCGGGGCGAGGCAGGGCAGGUUCCUUACCGCCUGUUGUGGGGAGUGAGUCGGAGAUCUUUGCAGGCAGAGAGAAAUAAGGAGGAAGAAAAUUUCGUUAUGGCACCAUCAGGAAGAAAGCAUUCAGGAAAAGCUGCUAAAGCAGCACAGGAAGAGCAAGCCAGAUCUGCCUAUGACUUUCAGGAGGAAAGAAAAGACCUGAGCGGAUCAGAGGAAGAUAUUAGAGAAGGUGAAACACCAGUAAUGGACAAGCAUGGCAAGAAAAGACCUAUGGUGACUACUCAUGUGGUUCCAGAUGAUAUGGGGGGUGAAGUACAGAAUAUGCUGGAAAGAUUUGGAGCUGACAUUAACAAAGCUCUCUUAGCCAAGAGGAAAAGAUUAGAAAUGUAUACAAAAGCCUCACUCAAAACCAGUAACCAGAAGAUUGAACAUGUUUGGAAGACACAGCAGGAGCAGAGGCAGAAGCUCAAUCAUGAGUUCUCCCAGCAGUUCCUGACUGUGUUUCAGCAGUGGGAUGUAGAUGUACAGAAAGCAGAGGAACAGGAAGAAAAACUAGCGAAUAUGUUUCGUCAGCAACAAAAAGUUUUUCAACAGGCAAGAAUAGUUCAAAGUCAGAGACUGAAAACUAUUAAGCAACUAUAUGAGCAAUUCUUAAAGAGCAUGGAAGAGCUAGAGAAAAACAAUGAAACUCUUCUAGCUGGUGCACAGAAUGAACUUCGCAAAGAAAUGGCUAUGCUACAGAAGAAGAUCAUGAUGGACACUCAACAGCAGGAGAUGGCAACCGUUCGCAAGUCUCUUCAGUCCAUGUUAUUCUGAUGGCUCAAUGGAGAAACAACUUGUACCUAAGUAACACGAUACAAGUAUAGGCAUUAGCCAUAAAGAACUUUAUCUUAAGAUUUAAGUGUUUUAAAGUUCCUAUUAAAUACUUUAAUGGA